GGGAUAGACAUCAAACGGAAGCACGUGAAAAAGAACGUGAGGCGAGAGCCUGCCUCCAAAAAUGUCUACCUGAAGCUGCUUGUUAAGGUUAGUACUUUUCUCGGUAGUUUCUUUAUAACUUAUCAUAACUUAUGGGCGAACAGAUCAUGUUAUAGAGAAUCAUGGAAACGGAUGUGUUUUUCAUUUAUUUGCAGCUCUAUCGCUUUUUGGCUCGCCGUACAAACGCAACGUUCAACAAAGUUGUUUUAAAACGACUUUGUAUGAGUCGUGUGAACCGGCCACCGCUGGCGCUCUCUCGAUUGGUAAGUCUUCAUUCUAUUACUUGAUCUUUUUGCUGUUUAAGUUUAUAUAUCAAUCUAAUGUCUCUUGUGUUUGUUACGCUUUUAAGGUACGAAAGAUGAAAGCUAAAGGUGACAUCUCAAACAAGAUAUGUGUUGUUGUUGGGACGAUCACUAAUGACCUGAGGUUGUACGAGGUUCCUGCCCUUAAGGUCUGUUUCCAAAUCAGUACUUAGCCUUUUAGCUCUUCAUCAAUCCCUUGUCAAUUAUUCUUUUUCACAGACAGUGUGUGAGACUGAAAACCAGAUGUCUAGCCCGUUUGAACUCAACUGCAAGCUAUAAUUAUUUUUUUUUCUUGACCUCGACCCUUUUCUUGACUGCUGUCUACUUCUCUUGAGGCUUGUGUAAAGCAUUUUUUAUACUUUGCCUAGCUUAAUAAGCGUCUGUUUAUAUCUUCCUGAGGGUCCAUAUUCAUUUUUUCUCAAACUUGUCUGCCAGGCAAGAAUGCCAUCAUACAUUAUUUGGGUUACCCAGAUAAAGGGGCAGAAUUAUAUAAGCUAAAAAGAAAGUUAUUGUCACUAAGAAAGGGUUUUAACUAAACUGCCAAGUGCAACAGGCUACAGGCCUGGGCUAAACACAGUUUACAUGUAUUUAAUAAUAAAUAAUAAUAGUAAUGAACUUUAUUAAAGUCUCAUGUCUUAGAGCUCAGGCUCAGUGCCUUACUAAUUUACAAGUAGCCAUGGUCAGUCAGUUUGCCAUUAAGGCAAGUUGGUGUGAUUGCAUUUUCCCCCGUAUAAGGCAGUGGCUCCUACAUAUGUCACCUUUUUGUGAAAUAUGACAAAGCACCUUCUAAAAAACGCCAGCUCUUGAUGAUUGCUGUCACGUUUUCUUCGAAUGGAAAUUGAAUGCAGUACUUCACAAAAAACUGAGCCCGCGAUCGUUUUGUAGAAAAUGCUGCACCAUCAAAGAUGGCGCCCAAACUUCAUUGCAGACAAAAGCUGCUUGUUAUUCACCAUUAUUCUAAACAUUUUGAGUGGAUCAGAGAAGUAAUCAGAACACAGGGAAAAGGUAUAAAAUCAUAUAAGAAUUUUUGAAAAGAUUUUUUUGGUUGAGCAAAACCUCAUUCUUCCGAAGGGCGACUCUCAAAGUGAUCUUAAUUGUUUGUACGAGAUUGUUGUUGUCUGGGGCGACCAGACGACUGUAAAUAUGGGUCCCUGCUACCUUUAUUUUGUAGUUGUUUAGUCUUAAUUUGAUUCAUAAAAAUUUAAUAUCCCUGCAAGGUUUUGGAUUUGCUAGUCCUGAAUAUCCUCUCAUUUAGUGUAUGUUGUUUCUUUUCCAUAUUCAAGGUCUGUGCUCUUCAUGUGACUGAUGGUGCACGUGCCAGAAUUUUGAAGGCUGGUGGGGAAAUCAUCACAUUUGACCAGCUUGCUCUUAGAGCACCAAAGGGAAGCAACACUGUGUUGCUUCAAGGUAAGCUGCUACUGUCCUUCACUCUUGUGUAUGUUACAGAUUUUUUGUUGACAUUUUAGUUGGAGGUUAGACUGUAGGGUCCUUGUAAGGUGGUUUGUGUGCUCUGUUUGUGAACAGUAUGCUCAACACUUUGGCAUUUACAGAGCUUUCACUAAGGUCCGAAGGCUGGGGAUUGCUCCAGGCGACUAUGGGCAUGAUCCCAACUACAUUCAUGAAACAAAAGGAAAAUAGAACCAAAAGAACUUCCUAGCUGUUCGAUCCCAUCCCUAGUACUGCUUGUAGGUCUUUUGUAUGAUAUCAUUUGUUUGUCAGUAUCAUUAAAAAAAUCAAAUCUGCAAUUUUUUCUUCAAUUUUGAGGUGUACAAAGGUGUUAUGCAGUAGUUUGUUAGCAUUCCGUUCUGCAAAUGAUGAUAACACACGACGGUCUUCUAAUGCUAAUAGCACUUGAUGAACUCGUAGUGGUAUUCUGAUGCAGAGUAUCCCUGGCUUGACAGUUGCUUUUUCGUAAAGGAGUAGGUCACAGUAUUUAAUUUUAACUUUAAGCUACAGUGUGGGAUGUGUUGUCAUUAGUUGUUGUUUUGUAAUUUAGGUCCAAGGAAUGCACGUGAAAGUGUGAAACACUUUGGCCCUGCCCCAGGUGUUCCUCACAGCAAGACUAAGUACGUUUUGUCUAAUAAUAAUAAUGUGUUAAAGUUUUAGUUUUUUUCUCUUUUUUUGUUACAAAUUUUCCACGUUACUGAUUAAAGUGAAACAAAGUUAAAUAUUCUAUUUGCAAAAAACAAUUAUAGGUGACUAAGUUAUUGCAGGACCAUCACUUAAGGCCAGGGCUUGGGGACUUUCAUAGGAAACAAAAGGAGAACAGAACCUAAAGAACUUACAGUGUGCCAGCUGUUUGAUUUCCCCUCUACUCAUUGCAUAUAUCCAACAACUUGAAAUGUUAGUGACAGCUAUGUUAUAGGUACUGUAGACAAUUAUUGACACUAGACAGAUUGGAGUUUAAAUAAGAGUAGUUACCUUCCAAGGGUAUUUUGAAUAAGACAGUGUCCCCUUCAUUUGAAAUCCUGUUGCAGCUUGAAAGAAGACAAGCAUGUUCUUUUUGGACUCUUUUUCUCUUUAAGUUAAAGAAGUUGUCUGUGUAGUGUUACAUUUCUCAACCUAGUUUGUUUUCUGUUUUCUCCUUCACAGGCCUUAUGUCCGUUCCAAGGGACGCAAAUUUGAGAGAGCUCGUGGUCGCAGAAAGAGCCGUGGCUUCAAGGUGUAA